AUGAGGUCUAAGCACGGUGGUACCCAGAACCCAGGUUUCAGAAUCAUGAACUUCCGCCCAACCAUGGAAGAAUUUAAAGAUUUCAACAAGUAUAUUGCUUACAUGGAAUCCCAAGGUGCACACCGAGCAGGGCUGGCUAAGAUAAUUCCACCAAAAGAAUGGAAAGCCAGACCUACCUAUGAUGAUAUCAGUGAUAUCUUAAUAACCACUCCCCUCCAGCAGGUGGCCUCGGGGCAGGCAGGCGUGUUUUCUCAAUACCACAAAAAGAAGAAAGCCAUGACAGUGGGGGAGUAUCGCCACUUGGCAAACAGUGACAGAUAUCGGACUCCACCACACGUGGAUUUUGAGGACUUGGAGAGAAAAUAUUGGAAAACUCGCCUCUAUGAUUCACCGAUAUAUGGUGCUGACAUCAGCGGCUCCUUAUUUGAUGAAAACACUAAAGAGUGGAACCUUGGACACCUAGGAACCAUUCAGGACCUGUUGGAGCAGGAGUGUGGAGUUGUCAUCCAAGGCGUCAACACGCCCUACCUCUACUUCGGCAUGUGGAAGACCACGUUCGCUUGGCACACGGAGGACAUGGACCUUUACAGCAUCAACUACCUGCACUUCGGGGAGCCCAAGACUUGGUACGCGGUGCCCCCAGAACACGGCCAGCGCCUGGAACGCCUGGCCAGGGAGCUGUUCCCGGGCAGUUCCCGGGGCUGUGAGGCCUUCAUGAGGCACAAGGUGGCUCUCAUCUCGCCUACUGUCCUCAAGGACCACGGGAUCCCCUUCAGUCGGAUCACUCAGGAGGCUGGAGAGUUCAUGGUGACCUUUCCUUAUGGCUACCACUCUGGCUUCAACCACGGCUUCAACUGCGCGGAAGCCAUCAACUUCGCCACCCCGCGAUGGAUUGAUUAUGGCAAAGUGGCCUCCCAGUGCAGCUGCGGGGAGGCCAGGGUGUCCUUUUCCAUGGACGCCUUCGUGCGCAUCCUGCAACCCGAGCGCUAUGAGCUGUGGAAACGCGGGCAGGACCGGGCUGUCGUGGACCACACGGAGCCCACGGCGCCGGGCAGCCAGGAGCUGAGCGCCUGGAGGGAGGCCCGGGCGCCCGGGAGAGCCGCGCUGGGCCUGAGGCACCUCCCGCGCCGCCGGGCCCCGCGCCCCCCUCGGCCUGCGGCUGCGGGCGGUGGAAGCCGCCGCCGCGCCCCUCUGCGCCCGGCGUCCCCGCGCCCCUCGCCGGCCCGCGCUUCUUCCUCUGCCGCCCAGUCCUGCGCUGCCGCCGCCCGCAGCUCCCCGGAGCCCGGCCCAGCCCCGCCGCCGACCCCAGGACAGUCUACCGGGGAUCUCCACCCCUCAAGUGGCAGACGUGGUCGUGGUCGUCGUCCUCGGGAACAGGGGACUCAAGAGCCGAUUGUCCGGGCCCAGGCCAAAAGGCGCCUCUCCAUGGGCACAACGCACACAGCUCCCGAGCCUGAGAUUCAGCCCCUGCCUGCGGAUGGACCCUCAAUGGACAACCCUGCACCGCCGAGCCCUGGGUCCCAGCAUCCUGCUGAGGCUUCUGGGUGCUGUUGUGCCCCUGUACCCUAAGCCAAAGGGACGCCUUUGUACCCCAGGGCUUGCUGAGACUGGUCACAUUUACAUCUCAGAGCUUUGGGCGAGUUUGCAGGUCACGGGUCUUGCAUGAGAGAGUCCCUCUGUUGAUGCCCCUGGGUCCGUGGUAUUUGCCAAGUUUGCCGUAGUUUGUUCUUCCUCUCAGACCCUGGAAUGUCUUUGGACACUGCUAACUUCUGUGCGCUGAGGUUUCAUCCACUGGACACUCGUGUCUCUGCGAACUAGCUUCUGCUGAGGUUGCCAGAGGCUGAUCUACCCCUAGGCUCCUAUCCUCUGGGCAACUCUGGAUGCUGCUGCGCUUCUGAAGACUCCUGGGUUUUGGAUUCCCUCCAAUCGCCCUCCGACCUCCCUCUCCCCAUUUUCUUGCACAU